AUGCCGCGCUCAGCCUUGCCUCUCCUCCAGCGACCGUCGGUCAUCGCAACGUCUUUCUUGACGUUCUUCGCUGUUUCAUUCCUGCUCUUCACCCCGGCAUCUCCCCUGGGGCGCGUGCACAACUGGCUCCACUCAAAAGAGAAAGAGCACCUCGAGGCUAAGAGUCAAGAGUACGACAUUGUCCUUCCAACGCCUCUCCUAGAGGUCUCAGGCACUUUCGGCUGGCAAACGACAUCUUCCUUCAACCCAGUCCGCUUCGAAGACGUCACCAACAAGUCCAUUUCAGAGCUAUGCGCAUCAUGGCCGGCGAAUCUGCUGUCCGACAUCCAGCCUGUCCUGAAGACCGGCCACGGCGAUGUCUCGGCCUGCCUCGUCAACCUCCUGAUCUUCUCCGAUACGGAAGAGCACUACGAAGGUCAUAACAUCAUCGACUUCAUUCAAGACAUCCCUUCACAUGUUCGCGACGGUGAGAGACGGCUUGAAGCCUGGCGCAACGGCUCGCUUGCGGAUGGUACUGCAACGCGGAAGCAAGCCUGGAAGACCGACAAGUUCAAGUUCCUUGCCGGUGUCUGUCGCGCCUGGAAGAUGCGGCCGGUGCGGAAAUGGUAUGUCUUCUACGAGGCGGACACCUACAUUGUCUGGGACAACAUCUUCCGCCUGCUCGAGAACUUCGACCCGGAUGAGCCGCAUUACUUCGGUGCGCCGUCGAAGGGACGCCGCGGGACGUGGUUUGCGUACGGCGGGUCAGGAUACGUCAUCAGCAGAGAGGCGAUGCGGCGGCUUAUGCGCGAGGACUAUGAUGAUAAGGGGCAGUACCUGAGCUCGAAGCUGAGUGAACAUCAUUGGUACAACAUUCAGCACGACUGCUGUGGUGACAGCAUCUUGGGAUGA